UUUGCAAUGAUUCCAUUGAGCAGACGAAGUACAAGGAAAGAAGUAAACAGAGGCUCUUGGACAGCAGAGGAAGACCAGAAACUGGCUCAAGUUAUUGAAAUCCACGGUCCAAAGAGGUGGAAGUUUGUUGCAACCAAAGCAGGUCUUAACCGAUGUGGGAAGAGUUGCAGGUUAAGAUGGAUGAACUAUCUGAGACCCAAUAUUAAGAGAGGCAAUAUAUCAGACCAAGAAGAAGACUUGAUACUUAGGCUUCAUAGGCUCCUAGGAAACAGGUGGUCAUUGAUUGCUGGAAGACUACCAGGUAGAACCGACAAUGAGAUUAAGAAUUAUUGGAACUCCCAUUUGAGCAAAAAGAUAAAGCAGAGAGAGAGACAAAACAGAGCAGUCUCAAAAGCAGAACAAGAGUCCUCUGACACUCAGAAUAUCCAGGUAAUGGAGGUGAAUGCUCUGACAAUUGGAAGAGAAGAUGCCUCCAAAUGUGAGGAGAGCUUCAAGUCUGGCUUCAAUGGAGAUGAGUUUUUUGACUGCUCAAGUGAUGAAGGGCUUUUGAACUUGGAAUGGAUGAAUAAAUUCCUUGAAAUGGAUGAGAGUUGGUUUACUUUGCAUGACAUUUAAGCUUUGUUCCUUCUUUUUUUCCCCCUUCUCUUUUUCUGGUUAUUGCAUUUGUGAGGCCCUUUGCUAAUUCUAGGAAAAUCCCACUUCAUGUUUGUUCCUUCUGUAUCUAUUUUCCGCUGUGUGAGGUUCUUUUUCCUUGAAUUAACAAAGCAU